AUGAAGGAAAUGAGAAAGCUUGUCACUCAGUUAGUGAAACCGCCUCAUCAUCAGAACGCGAGGAAACAGGUCAACAUCCGUGACCUCAUGCCCUCCGUCCCCAAGGACUCGGCUGAGCCAUACAAGAAGCUCUACGAGAAUACGAAAGCCUGGACCAACAACAUCAAGACGAAAAUCAAUGCCCUUGAUGACGCUCGCAAGAAGGAGGAAGCGAAUGCAUUGAUGGACGCUGCCAAGAUUGCGGUCGGAGAAAUGGCGGCGAUGCGGACGGCCGGCUAUAAGAACGCCAAGUAUGAAGCUUUUUCCGCCGAGUUUAGGGGGAAAGCGACAGCGACUACAGACGGUGAAGAAGGUGAGAAGUAUCGCGUCGAGCUCUACGUCAAGGAUAUCAAGCCUGAGAACAAUGGAGGAGUGUCUAAGUAUAAGGAGGUUGAUAGGGAAGAGCUGGAUAAGAAGGGAACUGGUGCUGCACUGGAGAUGAUAAAAUGGAUGGAUGAAUGGGAUGCGAAGGAUACCUUCUCGCAGGAUCCUCGAGAUAAGCAGAUGCGCAGCAGAGUACGACCAGCAUUCCGCGUCUUCCCUCACCGCAAAAGAGACUCAAGUCGCCUUCUGAAUCUGCCAGAUGAGAUACUGUGGCGAAUCACCGAGUUCAUCGCCGACCAAGAAAGGGGCCAUUUCUUGUCCUUCUUCGCUCUGGCUCAUCGCGAGUGCCGGCAACUUGCUCGCCCACAUCAAUUUUCUGACGUCUGGAUUACUCGUAGCGAGACAUCCUGGGAGCUUCUCCGUCACAUCAAGCGAGAGACCGAAGUUGAAGGACCAGCUAUCGGGACAUUUAUCCGUUCCCUCACCAUCACCGUCGACGAGGACCUAUGUCUCGACUACGGGUGCGCCACGGAUGACGAAUACGAACAGUGGCGCGAUUACUGGCAGGGUUUGAUUGAUGAUUUGACCCAGGUCCUGGAAUCCAGGUCCGCUAUGCCUAAUGUUGAGCGGGUGUUUUGGAUGGAUACAGGAGGGCUCGAAGUUCAACCACGUCUGCUCCGAGUUAUGUUACAAAAGGCCUGUCCUUCUCUUUCUGGAUGCCUGAGCGAGCUUCACUUCGCGGACUACAAGUUUCUUUUUGAAGACAUUGAUGAUGUUGCGCCGUCUAUGCCGGCGACUCCUUCAUUAUCCAUACGCUCGAUGUCAUUUGGAUACGAUGAGAACCAUACAUCACUCUCGGAUGCUCUAGACGGCUGCACUGCAUACCUGGCCGAGAUCAUUCUCCGCCGUUCUGCGCUCACACUCGAGUCGUUCGUCUGGAAUGCCCAAUUCAAAGGGGAGAUGGCUCCUGAAGACGACGACGGUACAACUUCCCUGCUGUUCUUCCGGGAUGGCCCCAUUGCUUUCAACCAGUUGCGGAAGUUCUGGUGCUCUCUCACUGCGGAUGAGGGCAUACAACCAAGUGUUCUCGAGAGCUUCCUGGCCGCCCCCCUGCUCGAGAAUUUCUCACCCUCGGCUCACGUAUCAUUCCUGAUAUUGGCCCACGGACUGGUAGAAAAGUUCCCGCUCCCCAACCUCCGCACAUUCGCUGUAUCCGGCAUCUCAGCUACCAUGUCCAAAAACGAGGUGCCGGCCUACGUCGACACGGUGUUGACUCUAGCUGGCCACUACGCCCCGCAGAUUGAGGAGCUUUUUGUCUACCUCCAGGGAAACCCGAAACAGUUGACUACCCACUUCUCAACCCACGACUUCCGCAACCUCAGGUCUUUGUGCUUUUCGUGGCCGCAUGACCCAGAAUUGGUCGUUCUCCAGGCCAUCGGAACGCAUCUCACCACCCUCGAGGAGCUGUCCUUUGGGUUCCAGCCCGCCAACGACCGUACCGGAUUUGAGGACAACACGUGGGACAGCUCGAGUCAACUCUCUCACGAAGCCAUCAUUGCGGCCAUCUCACCUCUGAAGAACCUGGUCAGGUUGUGUGUUUUCGGAGACGAGUACGUCGCGGAUUGGAGCGGCGAUCACUGGGCGUGGCAUCGCUUCUUUGAGCAACACGUUGACUUCCACCAAGGUCGCAGCUACACUGUCAGAAAACGGGGACAUCGUCCGGGAGAGGGACAGCUCUGGUCCGAGGCAAUUCGAGGACACAAAAAUUCAGGACACCAGGGAAAUGAUUGGAUUACGCGAUGGAUUACAAACGAAGCUGAGGAACCGUACGCUGCGAUGCUGGGGGUUGCUACGCGAUACGCUUCUGCUCUCCCGAAGCUACAAGAGUUUAUCGGUGGAAGGGUUUUGGUAGAGAUUGCAAAUAGUUUACAGUAA